GACACAUCAUACGGUACUGUAUGUGGACUCUGGUCAAGGGAGCAGCUGGAACUAUCAUAACCCUGUAAAUAAGAACACAGCUACCAAGGAGCCAUGGCCUCCCUUGGACAGAUCAUCUUCUGGGGGAUGAUAGUCAUGAUCUUUGUAGCCGCUGGACUCAUCAUCCUCAUCUUGUCUGUGUCGUUUUCAGUUCAGGGUUUAGGGGGUUCCCAGGGCACUGUGGAUAGCAAUAACAAGUGGCCCAUCGGGAACCUGGGGGAGGAUGUCAUCCUGAGUUGCAAGUUCAAGACUUCAACUAACAGUGGGGAAUUGACCAGUCAGGUGUCAAUCACAUGGAAGAAGAAGGGCCUCAGCGAAGUGGUGUACAAUUACAAUAAAGGAGCAGUCCAGCUGACGGAGCAGAACCCCCAGUUUAAAGAUAGAACCCAGCUGUUCUCAGACGCCAUAGGUGGAGGCAAUGCCUCUAUGUUGCUGAGGAACGUGAAAAUGAAAGAUGAGGGGGUGUACUACUGCAGUGUGAAUGCCCCUAGUGGCUCAGGGACUGCCAGUGUUAACCUCAGAGUUGCAGCUUUCUCAGCCCCCAAAUUGAAGUGGGUCAACACUACCCUGACAGCAGAGGGAGAGAGAUGGUUCCCAAAACCAGAUGUCCUUUGGUUGGACGUCAAUGACAACGUCCUAAACGAGAGUGAAACUAGCUUUUUCAACAACUCCGCCGGGAUAACCCGAUUCAUCAGCUCCCUUCAGCAAAUUACAUUGAACGACAGCUACACCUGCAUCAUCCAAAACCAUCUGGUGAAGGCUGUCUCUCGGGCAACCAUCAAAGAUAUAGAGAUAUCAAUGAGGACUUUCUUCUCCUUCCCUACUGCAGCUGCACCGCCCAUACUACUACCCCAACGGCACGUCCUAGCAGCUACAACCAGUUUCUUUCUCUGGAUCUACCAACUAACCUCAUGAACACAUGCACACAAACUACUCUUCAUAGCCUACAGGCAAGAUGACUAAAAGUUCUGUCUGUGGUGAAGUGAACUGGUCUGGUGACUUUCCACUUGCCUUGGUCUGCCUGGAGUCUGAUGGAUUUUGUGUUGAUUAACAAGUGGCGACAAACUGUGUAUGUGUGUGUGUGGCUCAGUGGCGACCCGUCAUUCAGGGUAGUACCCCACCUGCUUUGAGCCCCACAUUUUUAGCAAAAAAAUGUAUAACAAUAAUAUU